AUGAUCCAGUUUCGGAGGUCGAUCAAGAACGAGAAACAUGACUCGGCAAAACCGGCGCCGAUGCCCGCCAUACAAAAGAGCGCCUAUGCUAUCGAACCGCCGAAAAAGGCGCUCUACGACUUCGAACCAACCAGUGAGCCGAAUAUAUACCUCGCAUUUUCAGCCGGUGAUUUCCUUCAUGUCGUUGGACGCGAAAAUGACGAGGACUGGUACGAGGCAUGCAAUCCCAUGCUCAACACACGCGGCUUGGUGCCAGUAAAUCACUUCGAGAACAUUGGAAAGACGACCGUACGUGACAGCGCUGGCUCGUCAAGAAGCGUGACUAGCACGACGCAUGACAGUGGCUAUGGAGAAGGGGCAACUCCUCCAACACAACCGAAUCAGACGACUGCAGCGGGACGCAUGAGCGAAAAUGGCGCCAGGCCAGGCGCGCCACACCAUCGGCCGAGCAAGUCAUUUGGUAAAAUCGCGGGCGGUCUGUAUGGUGUCGUCAUCUACGACUUCAACGCGGAGCGACAAGAUGAACUAGAUGCCAAACAGGGUGAACCAAUACUUGUUGUCGCCCAGUCAAGUCCGGAAUGGUUCGUUGCAAAGCCUAUAUCACGACUCGGUGGCCCAGGCUUGAUCCCAGUCUCGUUCAUUGAGAUUCGUGAUGUAACAACUGGUCGGCCAGCCGAGGAUCCUUUGGCCGCAGUACAAAAGGCCGGCAUCCCACGAGUUGAGGAGUGGAAGAAGAUGGCAGCUGAGUACAAAAACACCAGCAUACCAUUAGGAUCAUUUGCACAGCCGCAGGAUAUUCAGCAAGGUAUGGAUCGCAUGUCACUCAGCAAUGGUCAAAGUCAUCAGACACAACAAAGCGCCGCUGCCCAGGAUCUGCCUGCCCCUGUCCGUGCCUCAGUUCCGCGUUAUGUCUUCCAGGACGACAAAUUCCACUUCAUUGUGGAAUGCAGGAUGUCCGACGGCUCUCAUUACGAUUUAUCCCGCAUCUACGAGGACUUCUACGAACUACAAAUCAAUCUCAUCAACGCCUUCCCAGAAGAGGCCGGUCAGACAGGCAAGCCAAGGAUAUUACCAUACAUGCCUGGUCCGGUCAAAUUCGUGACGGACAACAUCAGUGAUGUUAGAAGAGCAAACCUUGACGAGUAUCUUCGGGAUUUGCUUCGUCUCCACCGUGGUAUCACGGCAUCUUUGCCUGUCCGUAACUUCUUCGUGCCCAGAGCAAAUGAUUACGAAGUCGAUCCAGCUGCUGUUGACCUCAAUGAGCAUGCACGGCCCGCGAAUGAGGGCGACAGAUAUUCUCAGGCAUCCCAUGGAUCACACAACACCAUGUCCCAUCAAGCAGCGCCGCAGUCACGUCAGAUGUCGACCGCAACGACGACAUCAUCUCAUCAAUAUAAUCCAUCACAUCAGAGCAACGCCUCCUACAGCCAACAGCACUCUCAUCACCCAUCCCAAUCGAACUCUGUCUUCGCUCAACCUCUACAGCCCGAACCUGUGGUCCAAGCUCCGCCGCAACCCACCGUCACCAUCCCUCACAGCACAGUACCAGUCAAGAUUAAAUGCUGGUUCGAUCGCGACACAUGCGUCGUCAUUCGUAUGCCGCCCGCAGGCCAAUUCAACCUCGACACACUUUGGAGCAAAGUGCUCGAGCGUCGGCGAUUAGAAUUCAAAGACCGACCCCAAGAUGACGAGGAUCGCCUUGAUAUGGAGUACCGUGACGAGGGCAGUGGCGAAUACUACCGUAUUGAAGGCGAAGAAGACUUUGCGAUCGCCAUCGCAGCGCAUCCGGAGAAGUUGACCAUCGCCGUACGAGAUCCGACCGUGGAGCAGUGA